AUGGCUAGUGAGGCUGAGCAGAGCGCAGCGGUACCAUCUGCAUCGGACGCUGCGAAAGACGCCUCCGUCGCUGCCGCCAAGGAUCGACUCGCGCGCUUGGAGCUUGAGCGUAACGAGCUGCAGCGCGGGCAGUUGCAUCAGCGCCAGGCUGACCCCGAGAUUCUGCCUGACGCAGAGAAACUGGGACUAACAACCCUGAAGUUGCUCCUCCGCACGCUAACGCUGAGCCCAAGAAGCGCAACCCCAAUCAGCCUCGACGUGAGCGCCAGCGGCAGCCAGCAGCAGCCAGCCCCUGAGCUCCGCGGCCGUCUGGAGGGCGUCGCCAAGGCGGAAGCCUCCUAUGCUCUGCUAGACAGCCUACUGAGUGCUGUGCGCGCUGGGUUCAGCAUCGGAGCUCCUUCUUUUGGGAGCGCCGUCCAUUCAAGCCAUUCAAGCCUUCGCCGCCCAAUAACAAGCGCGGCGGACAUGGCAAGUUCAAGCAUGGCCAUCAGCGAAGAGGCGAGCGCCAAGAGGAGCGGGCCAGCCACCAACCAGGCCGCUAACCAGCCUGCUAACCAGGCUGCUGACCAGCCCCGUAACCGGGCUGCUAACCCGCCAGCUAACCCACCUGCCAACUAG